GCAGCAUCACCAGCAGCACGCAACCUUACAUCGCCUCCAUAACAAUGAUUGCUACGCUGAUCCGGUUGACCGUCAUGGUUGUGGUUGCCGUAUGGGCUGCAGCCAACCCACAACCCGGCUUCGGUCACCACGGUCACGUGAGCUACGGCCACCACAUCCAGCACCACGGUCACCACGGCGGUUACGGUCAUCACCACCACGGUGGUGGUCACGCUAAGAGCUUCGUGCAUGUGCAGCAAUACCACCACGGGCAUCACCAUGGUUAUCACUAAGCUCAACCACGAAUGAAACGUACGAAUAUAACACGCUCACUAAAAUAAAUAAUCACGAGUAAUACGAAUAAUACGAACGGUAGUCCACGGCAGCUCCUAGCUAUUGAAACGCUAAUUAAUAAAGCCAAUCAAGUUCUAAGACUGGUCAGGCAAUAAGUCCAGCAGCU